AUGUUCGUCAUCAGCGAAAUUUGCAGAACGACACAAUCCAGGGACGAGGCGUUUCGGACAUCUCAGUUGGAUGCGGAGGGCCGCAAAGACAAGAAGCAUCCGAACACCCGAAAGCUCCAUGAGUAUCCUCAGCGCCGUUCCAGUUUCUGUGGCAAAGCUUGGGGAAACGGGAAGAAUUGUCCGGACGCCAUGGAUUUCGCCUCUGGCUGGGCUGGUGGUGUCAUUGGGACGUUGCUGCUGCAUCCACUCGACACGUUGCGCACGCGCCAGGCGGUCCACGGCGAUGCCCUGACUCAAGCGCUGAGGGCGAUCAUCCGCAGCGAGGGCAUCGCCGCUCUGUACAGCGGUGUCAUGAGCCCAUGUUUGUUCACGGGCAUCUGGAAAGGAGUGACCCUCUUCACUCACAGACAGCUCCAACAUCUCCUAGCCAGGCACCGUGGCUUCGGCGAUGCCUCGCAGCUGACAGUCUUGGAGGUGGCUUGCUGUGCCAGCGUCGCCGGAGCAGUCGGUGGCGCGGUGCUGGCACCUGCAGAGCUCGUCAAGAGUCGGUCCCAGAUUUGUUCGGAACCGCACAGCUCGCCCUUCCAGAAGGAGCUGAACCAG